UACCCAACAACCAAUGGGUAAUCAUUAGAUCCAAAACAAACAAAUGCCAAUCCAUGUUAACCACGUAGUGAUUUGUUGGUGUUAAACGUGGUAUCAUAAUCUUCAAGAAGUACCAAAAUUGGAAACAAGUGAUUAGAGAAAGUAUUGAACGUCUUUCUGUCAACGAAACCGCCAUUUACCUUGCCGGUAGUCUAGACUGACGAAGUUAUGGCUCUCGCCCAGAAACGUACGCAUGUUCGCCUUCCCCCAGAAGUCAACAGAAUUCUGUAUGUUCGGAACCUUCCAUACAAGAUUACUGGGGAAGAAAUGUAUGAUAUUUUUGGAAAAUAUGGUGCCAUAAGACAAAUAAGAGUUGGUAACACACCAGAGACUCGUGGUACUGCAUUUGUUGUGUAUGAAGACAUAUUUGAUGCAAAGAAUGCCUGCGAUCACUUAUCAGGAUUCAACGUUUGUGGAAGAUAUUUGGUUGUGCUGUAUUAUCAGUCCAAUAAAGCCUUCAAGAAGAUUGAUGCUGAGAAAAAACAAGCAGAGCUGGAUCGUGUCAAGACAAAGUAUGGAAUCAAUACAGAUGAGAAAAAAUAGUGGCAUCCAUUUACCACCAUUUUAAAUAAAUGAGUUUAUUUUUUUUUAGUGACAGCAUUGAAGACAGGGGUUCUAUAUAUUACAGCACUUUUCUAUUGUGUAGCCAUAGCCAUUGUAUGCAUCAGUUGUUAUUUUUAGUUACCUUUAGAAAAUGUAGCUUGAAUUAAGCACGAAUAUGAUAUAAUACGUUACUACAAAAUUUUUGGAAAACGGCUACAUGAAUGUACUAUAUUUUUUAAUUUUAACUCAGUUUGCAAUGUAAUAUUUAGAUAAGUGUAACUUCUUGCCUAAUGUAUAUUUUUUAUACAUAAUUAAUUACUGUUAUAAAAAAUGUAAACGUGAAAUUCAUCCAAGGUCAUGUUCUUUUUUUAUUAGAAAAGUUGCAUUAACCUAGAAAGUAGGCCCAGCUGUGUAAAUGAAGGAUGUAUUCUAUUGUAUUUUUUCCUCUCUAAGAACUUUUCAGUACAAAGAAUCUAUAGAUGCUGUUGCUGCCAAGAAGUCAUUCAUUCAAGGAUAGGUAGUUUUAUUAUUUCUUUAUAUUUCGUAUUGUAACUCAAAUCAUUGUGAAACUCAUGUCUAGGAGUCAUAUCAUAAUUUUGGUGUAAUUUCUUACCAAGGCUAUAUGAAUUUGUGCAGGCAAAUGAAAAAUUGUGGCACACAACAAUCUUGGUACCUGUCCUUACCUCCUUCUUCACAACAACAGUUUUUAAUAUUAGAAAUUGUCCUAGAAAAUAGGUUGGGGCUGACUUAAGUUAUAGAUUAUGAAAAGUUGGCUUUUGCUUUUGAGAAUCUUCUUUGAUACUUUAUAAUAGAAUUUUGGGAGAUCUUUAUUAAAUAUCUUAGUACAA